AUGACGGAAUCCUCGAUGGCGCUAAGAUUACUACUGCGCAUGGUGAGCCUGUUCGCUGGUUCUGUGAUAAGCCACGGAUCAUCCUCUGAUGCCUUCAUUUCUUGUCAUGUUGUUGUUGAGAUCAAGGCAUGGGCUCAUGUUCAAAGUCUCAAUUCCUCUCUUGAUGAGCAGAAUCUGGAUUUGAGAGUUAAAAUUGCGAUUGAAGCUGAGGCAAAAGCCCAACAGACAUUAGCUGCCUCGGAAGCUGGGAUUGCUGAGCUUAGACAGAAGUUGGAGGCUUCUAAAAGGUUCUUUUCUCUUGUCAAUGUUUACUGA